AUGUCUUUGAAGAAAGUCACUCUCGUUGGUGCCAGUGGCAACGUUGGCACAGCCGUUUUGCCCGAGUUGCUCAAGUCUGACCUCGAUUUGACUAUUCUCAGCCGCGAGGGAUCUUCCGCAAUCUUCCCCCCGGGAGCCAAUGUUAUUAAAACCGACUACAGUGAAGAUUUCCCAGUGAAGAUUCUUGCAGGCCAAGAUGCGGUUGUCAGCAUGCUCCCGAUCAUGGCUCUCGGAGAGCAGCAGAAGAUUGUUGAGGCUGCCGUUAAGGCAGGCGUCAAGAGAUUCAUUCCCAGCGAAUAUGGAUCCGACUCUGCGCCAAAAAAUGCCCAUCUUGGCUGGCUCGCAGACGAGGAUUUGAUCAGCUGGACUGCCGUCAUUACUGGGCCUUUCUUUGAUUGGGGCUUGAAGCUUGGAAUGACAGGCUUCGACUUUGUUACCAAGACUGCGACUCUAGUUGAUGGCGGUAAUACUCGCUUCACAACAAGUAACACGGCACAAAUUGGGCGGGCCAUCGUUGCAGUUCUCAAACAUCCCAACGAGACCAAGAAUCAGCUUGUUUUCACGGAGUCAUUCACAACGACUCAACUCGAAGUCUUGGCCUCUCUUGAGAAGUUGACCGGGGAGAAGUGGAAACGAGUUGAAGUUAGUUCGCAAGCAACCAGGGAGGAUGGAUUUGCGAAGCUUGGAAAGGGGCAGAUCUUGGAAGGUGGGGCCGCUGUGAUUAUGGCAUUGGUGCUUGGGGAAGGCGGGCUUGAAGAUCAUACACACGUCAAGGGAGGUAUUUGGAAUGAUCGCCUAGCUUUGAAGAUUGAGAGCAUUGAUGAGACUCUUCAGGCAGUACUCAGUCUGUGA